GUCGUCCAAAUAUGAAUGCUCCUGAGAAUCUAGGGCUUGCCUUAAGAAAACAUGCCAGAGUUGAGCCAGCCUUCACAAAUGAUUUGUACUACGACAGUGCUCAUAUCAAUGAGGUUGAGGGAUAUAAGGAAACGCAUCUUGACGAAGAAAUGGAUUCCUAUCUUGAAGCCACCACAAUCAUAGAUGAUCUAAAAUAAUUCCUCGCUCAGCUACAAGAUCAUCAGAGAUAUCAACCAAGGCAAAGAUUCUAUUAAGGAAUAUCCAGAUUUUUACAAGACAAUUCCAGCUAAGGCACAGGAUGAAGGGGUAGCCAAAUUUUUCAUGGUUUUAAUUCCAAUCCUGAUCAUUAUCGGCUCAGUAGUUGCCUUUGUAGUCUACAUCACUGGCAACUUCAAGCUCCCUAGAUCUCUCGAGAAAUACUUUGAAAAUCGGCGCAAGGGUGAAAUCCGGGAAGACCAUAUGGAAGAAAUUAACAGUUAUUUUGAGAAAGAACUCACUGACACAAAUGAAAAGACCAAGAAGACAAUCAAAUACAGAGUUGGCAGGCAAAUGGAAGAAAACACUAAGAAUCACAUUGAAAAAUGAGAUCUCGACGAGCAAGAGAAUGCGAAGUUACUAGCUGAAACCAAGUAUAGUGCGGUUUCGAUCAUAAUGCAACUCUACAACCACACUAUGAACGAGGAGGAAGCCCAUGAUGUUUAUAGCCGCUUUAAUUGCUUUGAUAUCAACCCGAAGAACAACCCAUACAGAAAGCUUUGAGAUACUUAUUACUACAGACUUAACAGGUUGUACAAAAUGUUUGAUACAAAUAAGAAGCUUUUAUUUACUGCCGAAGAAAUUAUAUCUGACUUGAAAGUCAUCUACCGCAAUGAUCCUGAGAGAGACUUGUUAGACAAUGCACUCAAUUCAGCUAAGAGAAAAAUAUCCUCAAACCAGCCAGAUCAAAUCCUACGUCAAUUCGUGACUGAAGUCUGGUCCAAAGACAGUGACAUUUCCGGAUACUUAAUCAAAUCCUUAAUCUUUGACUCUCUCCACUGCUGCUUAACAGAUGAGAUUCCUGAUUUCUUCAGGAAACUGUUUAAGAAAAAGGCUAUAAACUACUAUAAAACAGUGCUAAGAACAUCUACAAAGUUCUUCCUGGCCUUGAACCAUUUCAUAGCCUACACUGGUGACAAUUAUGAUGAGAAUUACCAAUGAUACAUCUUCGUUAAGAAGCCGUUCUUUCAGAAAUCAGAGAAGAAAGAUAGAUAUAGGAUCAUCAGCUAUACUACAGCUCAAGUCUGCCCGCAAGAAAUGCCUCUUGACAAGUUUUACGGGAGCAUUCUCCCUGAAAAAUGUGAUAAAGGCUUUUUGGUCAACAUUAAAGUUCCAGCAAAGUGUAAUAACUGUGCUAUGAUCAAUGAAAUGUAUGGAUCACCUUCUUAUCACCCAAAUGAAGUGAUUAUUUCUCCAUAUUCCCUCUUCACGUUCCAAAGUGAGGGAGAGCUUGCCAUCAACUUGGGCAAUGAGUUCGCUGGGAUAAAGCAGAUCAACGUAGAACUAGACAGAAUCAAGACGAACCUGGUCGAGGAUGAGGCUUUCUGGACGUUCAAAGACAUAGAUCUUGAGAAGAAUUACUAAUUAGCUCAACCAUA